UAAAGCUCGCCCUCCAUCCCUCUUUCCUUUUGUCUCUCCCACACCGCUCUCCCUUUUCCAUUGUGCCGAGAUGUCGAGCAGGAGGUCGAGGGUUUCCGAGGAGGAGAUCAAUGAGCUCAUCUCCAAGCUGCAGUCCCUCCUUCCGGAGGCCCGCCGGCGAGGCGGCGGCAGGGCUUCAGCGGCGAAGCUACUGAAGGAGACGUGCAACUACAUAAGAAGCCUCAACCGGGAGGUGGACGACCUGAGCGGCCGCCUCUCGGCGCUCAUGGCGACCAUGGACAACAACAGCGCCGAGGCCGAGAUCAUCCGGAGUCUGCUCCGGUCAUGAGGAGAUACCCCACUCUAGUGAAGGAUCCCCACAUCUACAUAUCCACUACAUAUCUAUUUCUAUAUAGAUAAUGUACUUGUCUGAGGGGUAGGACGUAGAUGUAGCAGCGGUGACUUGCCAUGGAUUUCCUGUACAAGUUUUCUACCUUUUCUUCUCUCUCUCGGCCUGGCUCGAGUUGUUCCCUCCACAGGCAACCGACCGACAUCAACUUAGAAAAAUAUUUAUGUAAUCCGGUUCUAUUUAGUUCAUCUAUGAUAGUUUAAUUCAUGUGA